UUAGCCCUUGGAUACAUCAGCACCGCCUUAAUAUAUACAUAGAAACCAAGUUUACUUUUCACUUAUGUUUAAACUGACAUGUAAUGAUUGAAUCAAAGUAGAUAUAAUCUAACUUUCAAUAUGUUUCCGUGGAUGUCUGGAGUCCGAUAUAAAAGUGGUAACAGCGGUUAUGGAAAUACACCACACAGCCGAGGCAACUAUAUGUUCAACUCCAGUGAAACUAAAGGAAAUAUCAACGCCUUUUCAAAUCCCAAGACCGUCGCAUUUCAGUCGUUUUCGAGAUCAUCGUCAGCAGAACCAAAGGCAUGGCAAAAUGGUGGAGGAAUGACUUCAAGUAGCAGUUACACUUACACUGGAAAAGAAACUGGAAAUACGUAUAACCAGAAAAGUUUUACAUCUACAGUUCGUUUAGAGGAUAAAGAGGAACUACAGAGGUUGAAUGACAGGUUGUCACAGUAUAUAAUUAAAGUAAGACAGCUUUGGGAACAACGAGGACAAAUUGACUCCGUCGCUUUCAUUAAGUCAACAAAAAUCCUGGAAGAAGAGGUUUUAAAGCUUAAAGGAUUAUAUGAACACGAACUUGAAAAAAUAAGAAAGCAACUACAAGACAAUGCACGUGAUAAAAACAACUUCCAACAACAAUGUGGGAUCUACAUGCAAACUAUUGAAGAUCUGAAAAAGAGCUUGUCGUUGGAAUCUGAAAAAAAUCGAGGUCUAAUUGAAAGGAUCAAUGGAUAUGAACAGGAAAUAAGUUACUUAAAACAAGAACUUACUAAGAUAAAGUCAGCACCUAGAGCUGUUGACGAAAGUCCAAUGCUGAGAAAGCAAGUAGGAGAUCUUUCUAGGGAUAGAGAAGACUUCAUGGGAAGAUGGGAAAAAGAAGUACACUUUAGAAAGGGUAUUGAAGAAGCAUUUGCUGCAUAUAAAAAGAAAGCAGAAUUUGACAUUAAUGUAUUAAACCAGCAGCUGGCUGACAUGACACAACGGUUCGAGGCAACAAAGUCUACUAUAAUGACUAUGGAGACCCGUAUUAGAGAGUCUGGCAAAUCUGAAACAAAUAUCCAGGAUCUGCUAAAACAAGUGCGCUUAGCUGCAGAAGAGGAACUUAGAAAAUACCAAUCAGAUGCUGAAUUAAAAUAUAGCAAAAGUAUUUCCGCAUUGCAAACACAAUUACAAGGUGAUGCUGGUGUAAUAGGAAAGUUGGAGCAGGAGAAAACACAAAUCAUGGGCAGUUUCGGCGAUUUGAAAACAAGAAUCGCAGCAUUGGAGGCACAAAUUGGCGCCAUGGGCCAGGAGAAACGAUCAUUGGAGGCUUUAAUAGCACAAGAAAGGUCUAUGGCUGCUGCACAGCUUCAUGAGAUGGAAAGAAGAUUCAAAGAAAUGCAGAGCGCUCUGUUUGUUAAGUUAGAAGAGCUGCAUGUUUCUAAGGAAUCUUAUAUACCACUUAAAGCAGAAAUUGAAGCCAUGAAAAUAUUGCUUGCUGAGGAAGAGAAAAGAUUGAGUACACCAAUUAAGUACACAACAACGGUCAAACAAACCAUCCAUCAGACUGAUUCCUCAUUUACAAAUAAAAGUUGCUUUGAGAAUGGUGGUGGAUGGACUAAAAAGAGUAGAGGAAAUGUUUAUGCACCCGGGGGAACAUGUACUCGCCGCACUUAUUAUUCCAAAUAAACUGUAACAGUCAAAAACCAAAAAAUGCUUACUAGAUAUGGACUUAUAUAUACAAAUGUAUUUCAGCUUGUUUUAAAGUUUUGCUUUGUAGUAAUUGUAUUGUACCAUCAGUAGAAAGAUUAUCGGUGGUUUAUUAUGUAUAACAAUUAUAACAACUAUUUAUUUAUUUAUUUCAACAUUUAGAAAUCUUACAGUGCAAAUUGGUUUUGUUUUUCUUUUAUUUUAGACUUUUUUCUUUUCUUUUGUAAUUAUUAAAAAAGUGCCUUAAGGUAGUAUGGGCGUCUUUCGCCAUCAUGGAUUGUAAAAUAGCAAAACACAAAAGUUCUAAAUUUUCAAUCAAGUCAGAAAAAAUUCAUGGAGGAAUGCAACUUAAACUAAUGUGAAUUUUCAUCUAAAUGAACAAUAUUUAACUUGUAAUAACUAAUAUUUUUACAAACGUAAUUUAUUUUAUCUUGAUUUUCAUUUUUUUUUUAAAUUAGCGUAUUAAAGUGAUGUAACUAUGAAAUAAUACAGGAAUCUACAUGAAAUUUUUCUAUUUUAUGUUAUAGCAGGAAAAAUACAAACGGUGACCCUAUCUUUUCUUUGAUAUUCUCAAAGCAUUUUCUAAGAGCGAUUUUUUUCUUAUUUCAUUUCAAUUCUAUUCGCAUUAUGAUGUUUUUUCCUCUAUAAUCCAUACAAAAUGUGUCAUUUUUUCACAUAAAAAAAAGCUAGGUGACCCAUCAUUUUUUAUUAUAUUUAUGAACAUAUCACAAUAAAAACUACAUUUUGCCUUUAAUGUGUUUUCUGCUUUUAUCAUUUUUAGCAGCUUUUCCAUUCACUUGCCGUCCGUCGUCCGUCGUCGUCCGUCAUCGUCGUUUACUUUUACAAAAAUCUUCUACUCUGAAACUACUGGGCCAAAUUAAAUCAAACUUGGCCACAAUCAUCAUUAGGGUAUACUGAGUAAAAAUGUUCAUCAGGUUAAGAUCUAUCUACCCUGAAAUUUUCCGACGAAUCAGACAACCCGUUGUUGGGUUGCUGUCCCUGAAUUGGUAAUUUUAAGGAUAUUUUGCAGUUUUUGGUUAUUAUCUUAAAUAUUAUUAUAGAUAGGGAUAAACUGUAAACAGCAAUAAUGUUCAGCAAAUUACGAUCUACAAAUAAGACAAUGUGACCAAAAUUGUCAUUGGAUCCCUUAAGGAGUUAUUGUCCUUUAUAGUAAAUUUUUAACAUUUUUUCUUAAAUUUUUGUAAUCCGUAGUAACAGAUAGAAAACUCAGGGUUAGAAUUCAUAGAACACACAAUGUGCAGUGGCAAAUAUUUCAUGCCAGUAUAUUUUAAACACAGAGAGGGUACCCUCGGCACCCUUUGCCAAAACAAAAAUCUUCUUUUUCUCUUAUGUAUCUUUGGACUUUAUGUUUGGAAUUGUAUUUUCACUUUUUAUAUUCGGUAUUUAUUCUAAUGUAAGUCCAACAUGGUAAAAAUCACGUGAUGCAGGAAUAUAUUAUCUUGGAGUUGGGCUAUUUCUUUCUCUUUUAGGCGGGGACUCCAUGCAGACAACAUGCAUGUGUAUAACGGCACCGUAGAUUUUCUUUUUAAAUAAAGAGAGUUGCCGGUCCUGUACAUGAAUAGAUCGGUUCGAAAGCAAGAUUUUAACUUUAAUUAGAUUGGAAAACCUCAUUCAAGAGGUAGCAAAAAAAAGGGGGGAAUAUUUUUAUCUUGUGAACUCUAUAUUUGAAAGGUAACUGGUUUAUUUUUUUUAUUUAAUUAAAAAAAAAAAAAAAAAAAAAAAAAAAA